UUUUCACUUUAAAUCCUUGGGUUGCUUUUCUUCUUUGCACAGAAGUCGCGCUCGGGCAGCCCGCGCGCUUGCAGCAGGAACCAGGCUCCAGGCGCUGGCGCCGGGGCCGCGAGGAGGAGGCGACUUCGCUCCCUGCGGCGGGCGCCCCGAGCCUCUCGGCCCCGGAGAGCGGGCGGCGGCAGCGGCCUCCCUGGCGCGGCCAUACUGACCGCUCCGCAACUCGCAGAGGUGCCUAGUGGCCUUCAGGAGAAGAGGCUCCGCGAUUGAUGAGUUGGCCUUGGGAGUCGGUGACUAGGUGAAGCAGGCCAACAUGGGUCAGAAGGUCACCGGAGGGAUCAAGACUGUGGACAUGAGGGACCCCACAUACCGGCCCUUGAAGCAGGCUCUCCAGGGCCUGGACUAUUGCAAGCCCACCCGCCUGGACCUGCUGCUGGACAUGCCCCCUGUGUCCUACGAUGUCCAGCUGCUCCACUCGUGGAACAACAAUGACCGCUCACUCAAUGUCUUCGUGAAGGAGGAUGACAAGCUGAUCUUUCACCGGCAUCCGGUGGCUCAGAGCACGGACGCCAUCAGGGGCAAAGUCGGGUACACGCGGGGGCUGCACGUGUGGCAGAUCACGUGGGCCAUGAGGCAGCGGGGCACGCAUGCCGUGGUGGGGGUGGCGACAGCCGACGCCCCCCUGCACUCUGUCGGGUACACGACCCUCGUGGGGAACAACCACGAGUCCUGGGGCUGGGACUUGGGGCGCAACCGGCUCUACCAUGACGGCAAAAACCAACCGAGCAAAACAUACCCGGCCUUUCUGGAGCCGGACGAGACGUUCAUUGUCCCCGACUCUUUCCUUGUGGCCCUGGACAUGGACGACGGGACCCUGAGCUUCAUUGUGGACGGACAGUACAUGGGAGUGGCUUUUCGGGGACUCAAGGGCAAAAAACUGUAUCCUGUUGUGAGUGCCGUCUGGGGCCACUGUGAGAUCCGCAUGCGCUACUUGAAUGGACUCGACCCCGAGCCCAUGCCGCUCAUGGACCUCUGCCGCCGCGCCGUGCGCCUGGCCCUGGGGAAGGAGCGGCUGGGGGACAUCCAUGCGCUGCCGCUGCCCGCCUCCCUCAAGGCCUACCUCCUCUACCAGUGACCCUCCGCCAGGACCGCAGCACGACAGCCACCUGGUGCCAACUCACCGAGCCGCCUCUGCCGCACCCCGCGCCUUGGACGGGCAUCCGCAGCCAUGUGAGGAAGGCCCUGCUCCUCCUCUUCAUCUUCCUGGCUGCCCUCCAGGACACAGACACUGACAGCUCUGGACACAGGCUCCUCCACUUCCCUGUCCCACCUUGGCAGAAGGCCCCUGCUUGCCGCACCACUGCCCCUCCUUGGGGAAGGACACAGUGGACUCCGAGGGAGCUGGCGCUGAAUGUCCAUCUGCUCCUGGGGGUGCACGGGCAGCCUCCACCUGCCGGGUCCCAGGGCAGAGCCAACAGGAGGGGCCCGGCAUGGAGAGUAGACCCCAGGGGUGCUAAGUGGUGCUUCGACGAGGGGUCGUGUCCCGGCAACCAAGCUCAGGGCGUCAGAAACUAACAGAACACCAGGCGCAACCCGAAGUGGACCUUCCCGCGGGCCGCGCACUCAGCGUCAGCCCCCGCUGCCGGCGCCCCUGGACCCCGUAUUUAUUCUUUUAACAAUAAGAAAAGCCAUUUAUUUAUUCCAUUUAGAAAGGGACCUUGUCGUGGUCACCUCUCUGGAGUGUUCUCUUGCUUUUUUUCCACCUGCUACUCCCCCCACAUGCGUGUGCCUCACCUGCCCUCGCUGGGCUGUGCAUCUAUGGCGUGUCCGCAGGUGGGCACGGGUGUCUUCGUUUGGGUCCCUUGACCUACAGUUUCCAGGGGGCUCCGCUCCGAGUCCCCAAGUUGGCCGCUCAGGGAGCGUCAGCCUCAAGUGCAGUGGGAGUGCCUUUGGGGUCAGCUCCACAGCUGGGCAGCCCCCAUGUCUCUGCCCACUCACUCACACGUCGGGUCAUCCAUCGUGGCACGUGGUUUUAUUUCCAUGGUCUUGUGUGGCUGCAGGGGGGGGUGAGGUUUUGCUUCCCUGCUGAGAUUUCCCACUUGCCCCAUAGAACUGCCGAACCAAGAAGGGAAGUGUGGGUGUCUGCCUCCUGAGUAGCCAAGAGCAGGGCAAGGUGGGGGAGGCCCUGGUGGAGGUGCGCCUCACGGGGAGCCCACGCAGUCCCUGCUUAGUGCCCCCCUUUCAUCACAUGCCGGAAAGGUGGGCUGUCCGCAGGAGAGGGACACCCCCUCCGGGCCGCAGCCCCCCUACUAGCAGGCCCCUGCCACUGCAUUUCUGUAUCUCAAGGUCAACUCCAUCUGAGAGUCUGACUUCAGCUCACUUCUGUACAGGUACAAUAGAUAACUUUAUUUGUUUAAAAUGUUUAAUAUAUAUGCAUAUAUAUUUGUCCGUAAGAAUUAUGUUUUAAACAGCUGCUGUAGGGUACCUUUAAAAAAAAAGUCUUCCAGUGGAAUAUAUUUUUUAAAGCACAAAAUUGGUGCCAGGACUGGGUGAGGAAUGUAAAUUACCCCCUUAUUAUUGUGAGGGUUUCGGCUUUUUUUUUUUUUCCAGGCAUGGAGACCUUACCUGUAAGACUUGUAAAGGUUUUCCUCGCUCCCGUUCCCGGGUGGGUCCUGUUCUGCUGAAUGUUGCACGCGAGAGAGUUUCACUCAGCAGAUCCGGCCUUGUUGCCCCGACCCAGCACCUCCCGCAGCCGCCGGCCGCAUCGCAGGGCGCUCGGCCAUCUCUCUGCACUCCCACCCCCCAGCGCCCCACCCUCAAGCCCACCCUUCUCCCUUCUCAGCCCAGAGCCCUGUGGUCUGUACAGUUUUGAAACUCCCAUUCUAUUUUAUGAUGGUUGAUCAUAGUCAGUACCAUAAUAAAGGAACGUUUACUAAAAUACAAAGC